AACUUCUUCGUCUGUUGAAGAUUUCAUAACUUCCCUGACGAUCCUACCAAUGAAAUGACACUUGGCCUUCCUCUGUUUGGCUUUUGCAUCUCUUGUUGUACCUAAUCUCUUUUCAAUUAUAUACUUAAUCAGAUAACUACAAAUUCUCGCAUCCAAAGCACAAUCGAGAUUGCCCCCCGUCAUCUCAGGUUUCUCAUCUUUACGGCAUGCUGAUCCAUCAGGGCAAGGGCAGCAGCAAGGAGAAGACGGUGAUAGUGCGAGUUUAUGUAGAUAGGCCGAUAAGGAUCAAGGGGAGGGCCCUGUCACCGAAACAUCACCAUUGUUGGAUCGUCGGGAGAGACCAAAUUCAGCAGCAUGGUGUUCCUGUCAAAGGGUAUAGCCGAAAGGCCGAGCUUCUUCAGUACUGUCAACUCCUUCGGAAGUCGGCUCGAUCAGGACAGGCCACUCCGAUCACUCAAAAGCCGGUUUCUUCUCACAAUGGUCACCAGCCUCUGGCGAAAGUUGUCUCCAUCCAGAGGAGUCCGAGCUAUAACAAGACCCCAACUUGUCUGGGGAACUACAAAUUCUUGACGCAGUUCAUAUCGUCUUUGAUAUGUUUCAGCUCAAACAAAGAGAAGAAGAAGAAGAGGAACGCCAAUGGAUCUGCCAGGAACAAAAUGGAAGUGCAGGCAGUCGUGAAAAGCUUAGACGCAAAGGGUCCUAAGGCCGCUGCCUGUCAGUUUCAGGUGCAAGAUACGUUGCGAUUAUUCACAAAAUUGCUCGGAAAUCUGAGAUAGCAGAGGAAAACAAUGGAUUAGUGAGAGUCGGCAAGACUGCUUGUUCGCAGCUUGGAAGUUUGAAACCGAAAGUGCAUAGCUCCAAUUGUUUUAGACCAUUUUUAUGAGGGUUGUACUAUUGAUCUGCAGAUUCGUUCAUUCAUUUGUGGACUGCAAUAAGUUGUCUCGACAAUGGCCGCACCGAGGCCGCUACUGCUGGUUUCAUUGUUUUCCGUCUUACAAGACAUCAAUGUGCUCCGCUUAUCAGCAUGUCCUUCAA